UGAAAACGGUCACUUAUAAUUUUAAUUUCGUAGUUUACAAUCGUUCAAUGUGACAUUUCACUAGAAAUUUUUGUUUUACAUUUUAUUUUCUUUCAAAAAGUUACAAUAAUGUCAUGGCGGACACCAAUGAACAUAAAAAAGAGCUAAGUUCUGACUCAACUGUUCAAAGGAGGAGUAUGAACCGCGGGAAACCACAACAGGCACUUUACAGACCAGGUAGUGGACCAUUGAGAAAGUCAAACAUAGGCACUGAAGACCAAGAACUAGAAUCAAAUAUUAUAAUCAACUCAAGGCAUUACUCCUCCAAAUCUUAUGCUUCUAACGACGAAUUGAGAGAGAGAAGUGAAGGUUCAUCACUGAGGGACAAAGUUAAUGAGAUGGAUCAGUGCUCCUCUAGAUUUGGUGACAUGAGUCUUAACAAAGACACACCAAAAAAAUCAAAAAAACCUGAACAACCAUUGUAUGUGCCCAAGCCAGUUGCUCAAGCCAGAGAGAGCAGAGAAAUGGCAGCACAAGAAUCUGAUAGGAAUACACAGAACCAGAGUGAGGCUUAUGAUCGGUUUGGGAAUCACAGGUCCAAGAGGUAUUCUAAUAGAAGGAAGGAGAAUUUUGAUAAUCAAGAUGAGUGGAGAGACAAGCCUGGCAACAUCAACAGGCAAGUUAGGCAAGGAUCUGAACCAAGAGGCAUAUCUAACGGGGGCCCUUGGCCUCGCCAAAGGGACACUAGAAGUGUCGAUCCUACUUUACCACCAAACCCUCGAAACAAGAACGAGAAAUUGCAAUCAAAACCACCAAGUGGUCGUCGACACAGCACAAUCGGCAUGGAAAUGGACAAGAGACAUACGAAAAAUAACAUCUCAAACUUGCCCCCCAGAUUCCAAAAGAAGUUCCUGGAAGAAAAACAAAACAGUCAAACGCCACCAGUAGAAGAGAACUGGGAUGGUACCAGCUUAACAUUUCAAGGUAGUUCAAGUCAUGGCAAUAAUUAUUUAAAGAAUCCCAGUUAUCAUCCAAUGAAUAAUUAUUCAAUGUCAGGGGGACACCCAAAUCAGACCAAUUCUGGUUAUCACACCUUGCCAAACAGAGGAAGGGGUAGGGCACGACAUCAAGAUUCACACCUCAAUCAUCCUGGCGACAUGUACAGAUCAAUUACACCAGAUAAUACGAGAAGCCCUUGUAAUUCAAGACCUCCCACUCCUCCACCUAACAGAAGAGACAAUAGCAGGCCUCAAACUCCUGUCAAUUACCACAGAAACGACGAUUAUAGAAGUUAUUCGGAUAGAAACUACAAUUACGACGAUAGGAAACGUAAUACAGGAAUAUCGGAACGACUCAAACCUGAUUGGAGUAGAUCAUCAGAAGAAAGAUGGGAUUAUGACUCUAAAAGGGACAACAGAAGAGAUCAAGACAGGAGAAAUCACGACCGGAGAAACCCAGACAACAGACGAGACAGAAGAGAACCUGGCAACAGAAACUUCGACAAAUCCAGAAAACCCGACAGAAGAACCUACAAUAGGAGAGACGAUUGCAAAGGUGACACUAUCCGAAAUCAAGAUAUGAGAAGGGAUAGUAGAGACGACACAUAUUCAUAUCCCAACAAUAGAAAUUAUGAAGAAAAUAUCAGAAGCUCAUCGAAGUUUAAUGACAAUAUGGAUUCUCUGUUAUCGCCCGUGAGUCCCGAAUCAUCAGAAGAAAUAAAACCCAUUCUGAUUCCUCUGGGACCUAUUACAUCAACACUGGAUUGGAGUGAAGAAGUCGAAUUGAACGACCGAUUAGAACAAGAGGGAUUGAGCGAUGCUCUAACAAGAAGUUCCUCAAUGGCAAGCCUAAUGGAGAUCAGCACUAAAUCAAUGCCACCCAGCAUUCCAGUCUCUACAAUUUCUCCUCCUCCUGAUAAAAAGUCAAAACGUAGAAACGGCAAAAGAAGCAAACACAGGAGUGGCAGCAGACAUAGAGGCGGCGACAGAGAUCGAAGUGGCGGACGCACGUUCCGUCAACGCAACGACUCCAUAAACAGCGUGGACAGUCGACCCGGUGACAUGUUUAAAAUACCUCACGAAGGAUCACGUGCACCGCGAAAUCGGCGCAGUUCAAAGGAUCAUCGGGAACACAGUCACGAACGAUUCCCAAGACGUGGUUCGAAAGCCCUCAGCCCUGAAACCAGCCGAGAUCGGGGAGGUUCUUCGACCGGAAAUUGGCGUGAGGAGAUGAGGAGGAACUCCGAAAGGGAGAUGGGACCUCAUGAAGGGACAUCUGCGAAGGACGAGGCGAGAAGCACGGGUUCUUUCGAGCGGGAAGAAAUGCGUCUUGACUUCAGGAAAGCGGGAGUCAUUGUGUUGCCUCAGAAACAGGAUGCUCCAAAGCCAGUUAUUCUACCAUCACCGGUCACGGAAAAGCCCAAAUACCCGGAGAAUAGAAAACUUCAGCAUCAAAAAAGUCUGUUCGAUCACAACAACCCCAGUAAACCAAUUAUUGUCAAGUCACAGAGCACAAGGGUGGCAGUUCCUGGCUUUUCCGAAAAUAGUGAAGUAGCUCCGCCUCAAAUGGUGACUACUGAUCAGUUGGGUAACGUUCGACCAAACUGGUAUGAUGAGAAUCGUAGUGAACAUAAGUCUUGCCAUUAUCCAGAGGUGAUUCGAGAUAUUAAACACGCAGACUUAGAACUUCAAAUGAUAAUCAACAAAGGUCAUGUUUUGAUAGAAUGGGAUGCUGUAGAGAGACUGAGACAGUUCCUAAAAGAUGCUUUAAGCUUCUUACUUUGUAAAGAUCUCAAGUUUUGUGAAACAGAGAAUGUGGAACAACACCUCUGGAAAAUACUGUACUAUAACAUUAUUGAGGUAACCAGAAAAGCUGUUGCCGACGAUCCUAACAACAAGGAGCAUUACAAAGGGUUCCUUUUGUACCUAAUCGAAGAAGGCAACAAAUACUUUGAAGGUUUAAUUGAACUACUACAAGAGUCCAACAAAUUCCAGUUAUCCAAUUAUUUGGGUGUCAACCAAGAACAGAAGAAAAGUCUUGGAUAUGUUGGUUUGGCGUUAAAUUCCGCCCAAAAAAUUUUCAUAUUUCUUGGCGAUUUAGGACGAUAUAGGGAGCAAGUUAACGAAACAGCCAACUAUGGAAAAUGUAGACAAUGGUACAUUAAAUCUCACGAAAUCAAUCCGAAAAACGGGAAGCCAUAUAACCAACUGGCUUUGUUAGCUGUAUAUUCGAGACGAAAAUUAGACGCGGUGUAUUUUUAUAUGAGGAGUUUAAUGUCGUCGAAUCCAGUGCCCUCAGCUAAAGAAAAUUUGGAGGUCCUGUUUUAUGAGAUUAGAAAAAAGUAUGAACAAGGAGAGAAAAAACGUCUAGAAGAACGUUUGGAAAGAGUCCGGCAACAAAUGAAGCAAAAGGAGUCGGAAGAAACAACGACCGUGUCCGGUUCGUUAAGAAAAGAGACGUGGAUAAGGCCAGAUGGUGGUAAAAGAGUGCACAGGACCACCCAAGAACUACAAGGCGCAAAAGAUUCGGAAGAAGAAGAUCUUGCUUCUCUCAGCCAAAUUGAGUUAAACAAGCGAUUCGUCAUAACAUAUCUGCAUGUAUUAGGAAAACUGAUCACAAAAACUGGAAUGGAGACUUUUCAUGAAGCAGCCCUGCAAAUGCUCAAAGAGUUCCGUGCGCUUUUGCAGCACACUCCCGUCCCAAUGCCCUCAAACAGGCUGUUGCAGCUUCUUGCUUUGAACAUGUACGCAAUUGAAAGCACACAACUUAAAGAUCCCCAGCUCCAGAACCAGGCGGGCUACAGGUCCGAACUGCAGGAGAGGGCUUUGGUCGUGUCACUGCAGAUGUUCAAUCUGAUAUUGGAACGUUGCGUUUUCCUGAUAGACGAACACAUGUCGACAAAUGCCAGUCAAAUUCAUCUCAUUUCGCAAGACGUCAACACGCUGCUGCCGGCCAUCAAGAUCUGGUGCGACUGGAUGUUGAGCCAUAUGAUUGUCUGGAAUCCUCCACCGUCGACCCAAGACUUUAAAGUCGGGACGAUGGGCGAUUGCUGGGACAAACUGGCCAAACUGAUGAACCAGUUUGAGCAAAUUAAAGACACCAACCCCGAGCUUAUGUUGCUCACUGAAGAGCGAGAAGGAUAUGAAUUAGUGAAGCUGCCGGAGGACGCCGUUUUAUGCGGUUUCACACCCCUAACGUACAAGGACACGACACCAUCCUACGCGUCCAAGGACCUGGACAUCGAACUUGCUCAAUUUAGUCUUAGGGUCGAGAAGUUGCUGUUCUUCGGCACCGAGUUUGUAUGUGGCUUGGAACCUCCCGUCCUGAAACUGGAGAUCGAGGACGGUUUCAGGGAGUACGUGUCGGUGGUUUGCACGAACAACAGCAGAGACUCACCCCCUAGCCCACCGGAAUUGGAUCCACGCAACGACGUUUUAUUAGAGAGUGUCAGUGGUGAAGAAGAAGAGGAGGACUUAAGUGAAGACAUUUCCUCGGACGCCGGUCCCGAAAUCAGACAUUUGCUCAGCAGAAAAGUGGAAUUGGAAAGGAAAAACAGAAGACAAGACGCCCAUCUGCAGAGAGUUAAGAAAAUCUUAAGCCAAUCUGUGGUCAGCGUCCACGUGGAGGUGCGACCUAAAUAUCUGGUCCCAGACACUAAUUGUUUCGUGGAUCACCUGACGAUGAUUUCAGUUAUUGCCUCGUCACAUUCUUACUCACUCAUGGUGCCCAUAGUUGUUCUUAGCGAAUUGGAGGGUCUGUCCAAGGGUGGCAAAUCCCCAAUGCCAACGACCCGCAAGAGCCCCGCCGACCCGCAGCACGUGUUGAAAGUGGCGGAAGCCGCACGCAAAGCGUUGGACUUCCUAAAGAACCGCCAUCAAAGCGUCAAGUGCGUGACAACGAAGGGAGCCAUUCUGGCCUCCGUGGCCUUCACCACCGAAGACGAUUCAACACUUGACGGCGGCCUCACCAACGACGACAAAAUCCUAGCCACCUGUCUGGCUUUGUGUCGAAAUCACAGGGAACAGCCCACCGGAGAAGGUGACGGUAGCCAACACGUCGAGGGCGCCGAAAGCGGGGCGACGGCGCCCCGCCAGCUGUCACGCGAGGUCGUCCUGCUCACCGACGACCGGAAUCUGCGCGUGAAGGCGCACGCUCGCGACGUCCCGGUCCGGGAGCUGCCCGAUUUUGUCCAUUGGGCCGGCUUGCUGGGCGGAUGAGGGGGGUGGUCGUCGACGGGGGCGCGCGCCCAGCACCUAUAACACGCACUCCGUCCGUCCGUUUUGUCGGGCGGACGCGGACCAGCCAGUCGCUGGCCGCACCUUCAACGUAACAAUGGUUCCCGACGAGGCUGUUGACUGUUUGGCAAGACUUACUUAAAACUAACACAAAUUUAAUUGUUAUAGUUUGUAAUGAUUACCUACUAAAACUACCUUAGCGAACUUUUUAAGUUUGAAUCAUCACAAUUUUAAUAUAUAUUUUUAUCUAUUAGUAGUAUAUAGACCAACAAAAAAAAAUAUGUGAACAGGUUGUGUGCCGUCUAUUCCCCUCGGCAGUUUGGAAAAACCAACUGUGCCAUUUUUGUAUACAAUUAUGACAAAUUAACUUUUUUAUAUAUACCGGACUUAUUUAACGACGUUCUAGCAUAACCUUUGGUCCCUUUGGGCUUCAAUUUUAGUAUAUAGUAUAUGUACUUAAUUUACUUAUUUUUUACACUUGUGCCAUUGAUUAUUGUUCUUGGCAAUGUUUUACUUGUAUAUUUUUGACUUAGGUAUUAUACAUUUUAUUUUUAACUAAAUAAUAUCAUUGUUAAAACUGCAAUUAUUUGCUCAGGAAUUUAUUGUAUAUAUAAAGUAUAUAAAUAAAUAUAUUAUGAAUUGUGUUCAAA